UCUUUCGAUCCCUCUCACAAUAUAUAUCAAUAUUUCCAUUUUUUUCAUUUAGUAAUUCACCUAUAAUACUUCAAAGCCAUGCCCCGUUUUAAGUGUUUUAACUCUCGAUCACUGAUACCCUUUCCGAUUGAUCUAGAGCCCCAUAAUGCAUGUCAAGGCUCUGCCCGACUAAGUUCGUUGGGGUUCUAUCUCGUGACAUAGGGAUAAGGUUGAAUUAGGGUUACUAUACUUAACACAAGUGCAAAUAUAUAUAUUUAUUAAAUAGCUCAGGAGUUAUACCCAAGAUUAUACCAGGAGGCUUUCUAGUUGAACCCUAAAGUUACAAAAGCAUUUUAUCCGCCCCAUCGAGCUGCAAGAUCUGGCGAUUCAAAAAGAGAUCUAGGGUUUCUCUUGGUGAUGCAAGAUCUGGCUUUCUCAAUGACACCAGAUCAGCGAAUCUCUCUCUAUACGACACCCAAUCGACUGAGUUUGAAGGUGGUGAAGGGUUUGGAUCUGCCAAUCAGUGACGUAUGAGCAAGAUUAUUGUUGUUAGGGGGUGUUUGGUCUGCCAAUCGGUGAUGUAUGAGCAAGAUUUCACAAGAUCUAAAGACGGUGUGGUGUGUAGUGUUAAAUCCGACGACUACGGUUACGGUGGUAUAAUUCUCAAGCCGAUCGGUGGCAAUAGAGACGAGUUCCGGUUUUAGAUGGUGGUUGAGGUAGGUUCCGACAAACUGAGUUGCAGAUCUAGGUUUCACCAGUUGGCGUAGGCGAUACUGCAUCAUCAAAAUGGAUGGUUUCUGAAUGGAGAUCCCUAAAGGCAGCAAGUCCUUGAGCUACCCGCAACGGGUCAGACGUUCUUGUUGACACAGCUGGUCGGAUGUAGGACAACGAACCGUUGAUGCGUGCACUAUCUAAGCUUAUAUACGUCAACAGUUCGGACGUCGUACUUUUUGUCGGUGAGGCGUUGGUCGGGAAUGAUGCUGUUGAUCAACUAUCAAAGUUCAAUCAGAAACUAGCUGACCUUUCACCCUCACCGAUCCCGAGGUUGAUUGAUGGAAUUUUGCUAACCAAGUUUGAUACCAUCGAUGAUAAGAUGGUUCCAAGAGGACGUAUGUACCGUGGACCAGCUAGGAACAUAGCAGAUGCAAAUAUGGCGGCGGGUGUCGGCAGCGGAAUGCUUCCCGUAUCUUACGGCAUGGCGGGUGUUGGCGGCAUGCUUCCACUCGAUCCCGCUGCUUCCAUCCCACAACCAAUGCCAGUUACCUAUGCUUACAUGUCAAAAGAUCCAGCUGGACUUGCUCAAACAAAUAAAGGUUGGGUUGGACACAGCCAAGGUUCCCCAUCAUUUUGGAAACAGCCCGAUUCAUCCGAUUUUGUCUCAUUAAGUUCGAUUUUAUUUCAGGUCAUCGUUUGGGUGUUCUUUGAUCAGUUUGCUUUUAGAUUCCAGACACAAGCAAUUUCGUUUCAGCUAACUUUGGUCAGUAUUUUGUCGAAUUUAAUCCUAAACAAAUUUCCAUGAUAAGGAAAUAAAUAAAAUUGAAUAGUUAAGAACUCAUCUGAAGGUAGGUAGUUGUGGGCAUUCUGUUCUAUCCAUAUAUUUCCGGUCCUCUAAGAUAAAGAAAAUGAUUUUUAUGUGUUCCACCAAAUUCUUCAGGUAAAGAAAAUAACUUUUGUUUUUUGCUUUUUGAUGGAUGCUAGGCAAACAAGGAACUGUUGUAACAGCUGCAGGAAAUAUAUUUUUUUUCAUUUACGCUUUUGUUACCAAUUUUUAAACAUGAGUCUCUUCCGGACCCUAUAUUUGACCAAUUUCGACGCACACAUGAAGCAGUGCUUCAUGGAUCUGGCUCUUGAGUCGUUUUUUUGAUUGCCUCAUGCCUCAGGUGCACCACACAUUACGUGGGCAUCAUGCGCGUAUUUUAAAACCAAGGGUGCGCAAGAGGUGCACUUUUUAAACUUAAGGAACCAAUUAGAAGUAUAACCAAGUAACUUUCACCUAUGUGUUUUUAGUUUGAAUCAGUUUUUGCUUGGGUCGUUUAAUGAAAGUAGCCGUUCCAAUUUGUAGAUUGUUGAAAGUAGUCGUUCCAUUGUGGUAAAAGGAGGCUGAACAACUUAUUUGAUACUAAAUAUUGUUUGGAGUGAAACCUCUUGAAGUUGCCAUCUGACAUCUGUCCGGAAGGUUGAUGGGUAAAUGUGUUAAUUUUCAAUUUGUAGAUUGUUGCCAAUAUUGAUGUUGGAAGUUGCAUAUACUUGAUGCAAUUAAAUGACAGACAAUUUGUAAACAUGUUCAUGGUAUUUUGACUUGCUGCAUCAGUGUCUGGUGCCUUUGUGUUCAAGACCUAAUGGUACGAAAAAAAUGUAACGACCAUGUUGUAAUAUAUUUAUUUCUCAA